AUGGAUCUUCGUCCGGAGCUAUCCGGGGCUCAGGCGGGCUCACAGGUUCACCCCGGAGCCGUCUCCAUCCCGGUGUCCAUGGCCAGCAGUCUGCUGAGAGGGCCUCCCCUGCUGCUGCGAGCUACAGAGAAGUACCCCCGCACACCCAAGUGCGCCCGCUGCCGAAACCACGGCGUCGUUUCUGCGCUGAAGGGUCACAAACGGUACUGUCGCUGGAAGGACUGCAUGUGCGCUAAGUGCACUUUAAUAGCCGAGAGGCAGCGGGUCAUGGCUGCGCAGGUGGCGCUCCGCAGGCAGCAGGCACAGGAGGAGAACGAAGCCCGUGAGCUCCAGCUGCUUUAUGGUACAGCCGAGGGUCUCGCGCUCGCAGCCGCCAACGGCAUCAUUCCACCCAGGCAGAACUAUGACGUGUUCGGUCCCAUCAUUAGCGAAAGUAACUCUGGUGAGUAAAGAUACUCAAACAUGCAGAAAUUCGAAUUAUUCCCCAAGACUCCGCUGUCUGGAUCUGUGACACCACAACCCGCAGGUUCAAAGUCUGUCUCUGCUGACAACGAAUCCGUUCCUGGGAUGUCCUCUCCAGAUGCGCGACAUGGCUCUGGGUCAGAGAACGGUGACGGAGAGUCCUAUGUUAACUCUCCAGCUCCUAAACCUUCCAAAGACGGAGAUGAGACACCGCCUUCUAUAAGUCCACUCGGGUCAGACUCAGACUCAGACAAGGACGAGCAAGAACCGUCACCUUCGUCUGCAACAUCUCGCCACAUGAACGCCAUUGACAUCUUGACCAGGGUGUUCCCCACGCACAAGCGGAGCGUCCUGGAGCUUGUCCUUCAGGGCUGUGGGAAGGACGUGGUCCAGGCCAUCGAGCAGAUCCUUAACAAUGGUGGACAGGCCAAACCCCCAGAGCACUCGUGGGUAGCCGAGAGGGUACUCCAAAGCACCCAGCAGCCCUUAUCCUCCACACCGAGGCCCGUAUUACCUGGUAGCAUGACGCUCAGCAACCGGUCGGCCUUUUCUCCACUGCAGCCCAACGGGCCACAUUUCGGGGCCGAGCCUGGCGCAUAUCCUCUGGGUGCACCUCUUGGUUUAAACCCGCUCCGCUUGGCCUACACAGCGCAUGGCAGAGGGCUCGCUUUCAUGACCCCUUACUCUACAACGGGAUUGAUGCCCACUCUAGGCUUUCGUCCACCAAUGGACUACGCUUUCAGUGACCUGAUUAGAGACAGGACUCUAUUACAUAAAGAUCAGAGCUACACGAAUGGACUAUAUGGCCCUCUGGUAAACAACACUCCAGAGAAACAGUGA